ACCCUAAAACGCCAAGAAAAACAACCUAAUAAAGCACCCAAAUAUAGCAAAUAUACAGAUACCACCCAAGUCCAACCCCAACCGUAUAAUCAUCACAGCCAAUCCCAAUUACCAAACACACACACUUACUUGCUAUUCUGAGCGUCCGACCCGGAUUCUCCGGGACCGCAAAACCCUUCGUCACGCAACCCCUACGUAUCCACCCACACGCGUCAAAAUCACAACGGUCCUGAAAUCCCUAUUUAUAUUUAUAUAGUCCGCCGCUCUCAUCUCCCGCCUUUUGUUGUUCAUUUCGUAAAUUGCUUACAUUCUUUAAGCAGUUGGCCACCUCUCUCCAUUUUCUCCUCCCACCAUUAAUUAACAACCACAUCUUUCUAAAAUCAGAUCUUAAAAUCUUCAUAAUCUUUUUGUUUGGCUUGAUUUAAAUUCCAUUUUAAUAUUAAUCAGUUUCGCGGAUGCGAGUGAUUAAGAUUGAGAAAACAAUUGAGUUUGAAUAAAAUUUCCCUUGAAGUGAAUCACGGCGGGAUGUUCGCGGAGACAGAGUCUGUACAUCGGGGUAAAUUUGGAAACUACACGCAUUCCGCCCCCAACAUCUCCGCCACAGCCGGCAUGGUGACCGACCUCAACGUAGAAUACCCAGCGCGGAACAGCAGCGCAUCCGCCCUCGGCCCGGCAUGCUCUGUCGACUCGAGCCGAAUGAGUGGAGAGUGCUCUCCGAUGACAAUGUCUCCCUGGAACAACACCUCCAGUUCCCCCUUCUCCAAGUCACCCUGGCAACCGUUCGAGGAAUCCAACGUCCCCCAGAACGGCCUAAUUGGGUCUCUCCUCCGCGAGGAAGGCCAUAUCUACUCCCUCGCGGCCAAAGGAGACCUGCUGUACACCGGUUCGGACAGCAAGAACAUCCGAGUUUGGAAGAAUCUUAAAGAAUUCAGCGGAUUCAAAUCGAACAGUGGACUUGUGAAAGCUAUCGUCAUCUCAGGCGACAAGCUCUUCACGGGUCACCAAGACGGAAAGAUCCGGGUCUGGCGGGUAUCCUCAAAAGACCCGAGCGUGCACAAACGCGCAGGGACUCUGCCCACGAUGAUGGAUAUCUUCAAAUACUCCGUGAAACCCAGCAAUUACGUUCAGGUGCGGCGGCAGAAGACGCUCUGGAUCAAGCACUCCGACGCCAUUUCGUGCCUGAGCCUCAGCGAGGACAAGAAGCUUCUCUACUCAGCAUCAUGGGACAGGACACUAAAAGUGUGGCGAAUUGAAACCUCAAAAUGCAUCGAAUCAAUCCAUGCCCACGACGACGCGGUGAACUCCGUUGUCGCGAGCGUGGAGGGGAUGGUGUACACGGGAGCGGCGGACGGGACGGUUAAAGUUUGGAAGAGGGAGCAGAGCGGGAAGAUCAUCAAGCACACUCUGGCGCAAACACUGCUGAAGCAGGAGAGCGCGGUGACGGCGCUCGCCGCCAGCGCCUCGGGGUCGAUUAUCUACUGCGGGUCGUCAGACGGGUUGGUGAAUUUCUGGGAACGGGAGAAGCACCUGUCUCACGGCGGCGUGCUGAAGGGGCAUAAGCUGGCGGUGCUCUGUUUGGCGGCGGCGGGGAACUUGGUGUUCAGCGGGUCGGCGGACAAGACGAUUUGCGUGUGGCGGAGGGAGGGCACGAUCCACACUUGCCUGUCGGUUCUGGCGGGGCACACGGGGCCGGUGAAGUGCCUGUCGGUGGAGCAGGACAAGGAUGUAAAUGCGAGUAAAGCGAACGAGCAGCGGUGGAUUGUGUACAGCGGGAGUCUGGAUAAGUCGGUGAAGGUGUGGGGGGUGUCGGAGCAGGCGCCGGAGCUGGGAGCGAUGGGUCACCCGCGCACGGGGUCCGAUGCGGUUUCGAUUCCGUCGGAUGGGAGUUAUUCGUCGUCGGCUGGUCGGGGCAGCAGCCACAACAGGAGGUUCUGAUUAUUUACGAUCCCGAUUGGUUUUCGGUCUUCUUGGGCAAUUGAACUGCGCCACGUGUCCGACGAAGAUGGUUUUCUUCGCUAGCGUGGAGAGAAUGACACCUGGAGGAGUGAAGAUUUGGAGUUUUUUUUUUUUUUUUUUUUUUUCAUCUUCAUCUUUGGAAUUUGGAUCGUUGAUUAUUGGCGUUGACUGAAGAGUAAGAGAUGAAAGGAUUGGAGUGUGCGAUGAAGGGAAUAUAUAUGAGAAAUAAAUUAAUUUCACUCCA